AUGUCGACUCGCGGAGGUCGAGGCGGAGGCAGAGUGUUCCGCGGAGGAGGAAGAGGCGGCAGCAUUGGCGGUGGCGGCGGUGGUCCCGGUCGAGGCGGUCGUUCACAUUCAGGGCCUUGGGGGAGACUAAAGCCUGUCGACUUGGACCCCCUUGACAGCAUUGGCCUGCCCUCCAAAGGCGACACCAGACUCCUCGACUUCAAGACUCAGGAACGGUAUUAUACCAAGAUCGUCGAGCGCUACAUGACCUUCUGCUCCGACGCCGGCGAGCGCGACGAGCUCCUCCGCCGCUUCGCCUCGCUCGACCUCAAAGACUACCCCUCCGUUUCCGCCACUUCUUCGCCGCGCCUUAACGAUUCCGCCAGCACAAAGUCCCUUUCUGACGUGAUGAUGGCGCUACGGAAGCUCCGCGAGGGCAUCGUGGCCUCGAAACGCACAGAUGAGUUCGCGAUCCAGGCAUACUUAUUCAACAUCCGCCUCUCGGUCCUGGUCAAGCACCCCGAGUCCUACCACCCCGCGAUCCUGCACGUCCUUCGCACGAUACAUCCUACCCAGAACCUGACGAGCGUGGAGCUGCAGGAGGUUCUCGGCUACCUCGUCCUCGACGCGGCGUGUCGAAGGGGAGACCUGGCCGAGGCGUAUGCGAUACGGCACCGGUACCGGUUGCGCGACGCCAAAGUCGACGCGGUAUUGGCAGCGCUGGCCCAUGACAACUAUGUCGCGUUCCGGAGGGUGAAGAGGAGUGUUGAUGGUCAUCGAGCGAAGCUGUUGGAAUUUGCUGAAGCGGAGAUGAGAACACACGUGUUGAAGUGUUUUGGGAGGACGUAUCUUGCUGUUGACCAGGAGUGGUUGGAGAAAUGUGCUGGGGAGGGUUGGGAGGCAUUGACGAGGGAUCAUGGUGUCGGUUGGGAGCUUGAUGGACAAAGAGUCGUCAUUCGGAAGGUUAAAGCGAAAUGA